AACAUAUUUGGUACCUACUUCCGCUUGCCUACCAAUUCCUCCUUUCGUUUUGAGCUGCGCUGUGAAAGAUUCAAUAUGGGUCGUCGGCCAGCUAGAUGUUACCGAUACUGUAAAAACAAGCCCUAUCCUAAGUCAAGAUUUUGUCGUGGUGUACCCGACCCGAAAAUUCGAAUUUUUGAUUUAGGUAGGAAAAAGGCAACUGUCGAGGACUUUCCUUUAUGUGUGCAUUUGGUGUCCGAUGAGUAUGAACAAUUGAGUAGCGAGGCUUUAGAAGCUGGACGCAUUUGCUGUAACAAGUACUUGGUGAAGUUCUGUGGAAAGGAUCAAUUCCAUAUCCGCAUGCGCCUGCAUCCGUUCCACGUCAUUCGCAUCAACAAAAUGUUGUCAUGUGCUGGAGCUGAUAGGCUGCAAACUGGUAUGAGAGGUGCAUUCGGCAAGCCGCAGGGAACUGUUGCUCGUGUAAGAAUUGGACAACCGAUUAUGUCUGUGCGCUCCAGUGACAGGUACAAAGCCCAAGUUGUAGAAGCAUUGCGACGCGCAAAGUUCAAGUUCCCCGGCCGCCAAAAGAUCUACGUAUCAAAGAAAUGGGGCUUCACCAAGUAUGAUCGGGAACGAUAUGAAGAGCUCCGUGAUGACAAUCGCUUCGAGCAGGACGGAUGCAAUGUUAAAUACCGACCUGAACAUGGUCCAAUUGCUGCAUGGGAAAAGGCUCAGCGUGAUCUUUAUGCCUAAACUAAACCCCAAUUGAUCAAUAAAUUUAUGGAUCAUUGUCCAUACAGCAUACAGACAAA